CUUCAGCAGUUCAUUGAAUGAUCUCUUGCCCUUCGUGGUGUGACCACAUCGAUUUGACUCCACAUAUUUGGUAAUGUGACGCAAGCAUCGAUAUUGCACCAGCUAGCAGGGGUCAUCAGAAAAAUGCUGGUGAAGUUCGUUUGCGCUCUGUUCUUUGUUCUCUACGCUCUCAAUAUUGUGCGUGCACUGGAGUUGUCUUUGGAUGGAAAGUGGACCGCACACAACAGCGGGAACUAUACCAAUAUAUCAUCCCAAGUUCCUGGUGGCAUAUACACAGACCUUCAUCGGAAUCACAUCAUAGGAGAUCCCUACUAUGGCUCGAACGACAUUGAGUACCGUUGGGUCGGCAAGGAGAACUGGACUUUCUCUAGAAGUUUUGAUGUUCCUGCUGAAAUGCUGCCGAAAUCCAGGGUGGACCUAGUAGCCCAUGGCAUCGACACAGCUUGUAAAGUCUUCGUCAACAACCACUUUUUGGGAAGCACAGUCAAUAUGUUUGUUCGAUACGUGUUCAACCUCAAAGGCAAAAUCAGGAAAACUGGGAAUCAGAUUCGAGUAGCUUGCGAGUCGCCCGUUACUUACGCCUUGCGCCAGCACCAGUUACAGGCGAAGAAGUAUACGGUCUACCCAGAAUGUCCACCCAGCGUUCAGAACGCAGACUGCCACAUCAACCACAUGAGGAAAAUGCAAUGUGCCUUCAGUUGGGAUUGGGGGCCAUCCUUUCCCUCCCAAGGAAUUUGGAAACACAUUGCAGUUGAAGCCUACAGUGGUGUCCUCAUUCGUGACGUCUCCGUGGUAACGAUACCGUCGUCACAACAGACGUCGCAGUGGAUUCUUAGUGUGACAGCUUUUGUGGAGACAACGACCACCAAGCAAGUGAAGCAGUUUCCCAGUCGUGUUCGAGUACUAUUGAACGACAAAACCUUGGGAAAUAGCGCCGUGACCAUUCGUCCAGAUCAACACGGAGCAGCAUCCGUAAAGCUUUCUUACACAGUGCCUCAAAGUAUGGAUAUAAAAAGAUGGUGGCCGAACGGAUAUGGAGAACAGAACCUGUACACCCUAAAGGUCACCAUGGCAUCGAACGGAGAAGAAUUCACGAAAGCGGUGAAAAUCGGCUUCCGGACUGUGGAGCUCAUGCAGACUCCAGUCAAUAAUGGCGCCGGGGGCCUUGAGUUCUACUUCAAAGUAAACAACGUUCCAAUCUACGCGAAAGGAAGUAACUGGAUUCCGGCUGACAUACUCCCCGAGCGCGUAACUAAAGAAUAUCUGACGUAUCUAUUGCAGUCCGCUAAGUUUGCAAACAUGAACAUGCUCCGCAUUUGGGGAGGAGGAAUUUAUGAGUCGGACUACUUCUACCAGACCGCCGACGAACUUGGGCUUCUAAUAUGGCAGGACUUCAUGUUUGCAGUGGCCCUAUAUCCAACCAACUCCGACUUCCUGGAGACUGUCAAAACGGAAGUUCGGCAACAGGUGCGAAGGCUGCAGCACCACCCAUCAGUGUGCGUCUGGGGUGGAAACAACGAAAAUGAACAGGCUAUUGCAAGUUCUUGGUGGCCGAUUUCGCCGGUGCACAAAACGGACUACAUACGUUUGUACAUCAAGACAAUUAUGCCUAUUGUCCUGGAGGAAGAUCGAACACGUCCCUUCCUCUCUUCGAGCCCAUCGAAUGGAAAGCAGACCGAGAAAGAGGGUUGGAUUGCGGCAGAUCCUAAUGGCGUCAAUUACGGGGAUGUUCACUACUACAACUACUAUGCUGAUCCGUGGAAUUCAAACAUGUACCCCAGAGCCCGCUUUCUCUCUGAAUUUGGAAUCCAGUCUUUCCCAUCACGAGACACCUUUCUCAAGGUGGCUCCAGAAUUCUCCCUGGAGUACCCAUUCACAACGUUCAUGGAGAGCCGCCAGCAUCAAAUAGGCGGUACGGAAAACAAUAUGCGUUUUAUCGAGAUGGAAUUUAAUCUACCACGGACGGGGGACACAGCAAAAGAUUUCGACAUGGUAGUGUAUUUGUCCCAGAUCGUGCAAGCACAAGGCAUCAAAACGGGAGUGGAGUACCUCCGACAUCUACGCAGUGUCUUACACGGUGACGAAGGCCACAAUAUGGGUGUGUUGUACUGGCAACUCAACUCCAUCUGGCAAGCACCCUCAUGGGCUUCUAUUGAAUACGGAGGCAGAUGGAAGAUGCUCCAUUAUUUCGCUCGCCGGUUCUUCGGCCCGCUCAUUGUGGUACCAUUUGUCAACUACAACCUCAUCUCGACGGGGCAACUUCAGGCUUACGUCGUUAAUGACCUUCAAGUGGAUUAUCCAGAUGCCGUGCUUCAUAUUGAUUCAUACUCAUGGGGAAACUUCGUUCCCGUCCAUGCGUUCAGCGUUGAUGUGGAUGUGCGCCGAGAAAGCUCUGUGCAAGCGUACGAAUUGAAGUUAGCCGAGUUUAUGAACAUGACGUCCUGUACCCCUGUUACGUGCUUCCUGUGGUUUACACUCACUGACAAAGCGGGACGAUUACUCGGACCGACGAAUUAUCUUCUACCUGCGGCCCCCAAGAAUAUCAAAAAGUUCAGGAACGCCACCCUUAAGAUAACCAGCGUAAUUGGCCCAUUCACCGGGCAUAACCUCAUGAAGCGCUUCGCCGUAACUGUAGGCACUAAUCACAUUGCGUUGUUUGUGUGGCUGGAUGCGCACAAUAUCAGUGGCUACUUCUCAGACAACGGAUUCGUGAUGUUGGAACAAACGAUGGUUCUGGACUUCUUUACAAAAGAAACCGUCACGCCGGAACACCUCCGGUCUGCCAUGACAGCAGUCUCCCUUCCUAACACUGCCACGGCCAGCACAAGGACAGCGGGGGAAGCAUUGUGAUCGCAUGUAUUGCAAUGGUGUACUUAGGAAGUUGUGCUGUGUUGGCGUCGUCGGAUAGUGUAAACUGAAUAAACGCCAUUUAACACG